AUGUCAAAUCACAUCAUAGAGCCGCAUGAGAUUCGUCAGGCACACGACCCCGAGCAGAUGAAUCAGGAAUCGCCUCCAGCGCAGGCUCAGUCUAGGCUGGAAUGCCUCCCAGUGGAGCUCCUCCAGAAGAUCUUCCUACAUAGUCUCGAGUUCAAUCUUCCGAGAGCCUCGAUUUACCUCGCUAGGGCACUCUCAAAUCCGACCCUCUAUACCUGGCUCAUUCGCCUGGCCUUUAGUAGCUCCAAUGAGAGCUCCAAGAAUGGCUUUUUCACUCCAGACUUUCUCCCUCCGCCACUAGACUUCUUCGCGCAAUCUACAGAAGAACGAAGCAACCUUCAAAGCGUAAUUCUCGCAUGUCGUUGGUGCACGCUAGAGCUCAUGCGCAAAUGCCAGAGAGAAUACAUCGAACACGCCGUCCGUCUCAAGUGCCGAGACCUAGUCUUCGCCCCUGAAGACUGCGACAGCAUAGCCAAGAUCGGGGAGCACUUCCACGACCUGAAACGCUACGACCAGGGCCAUCAAGGUCGUCUAGGGAAAGGCGAUCUGGUUUGCAGGGCGCAAGAUCCAGAGACCAAUGAGGAGUAUAGAGUCGCGGUGUGGUUCAACUUUGGCGCUUUUCAGAUUCGCAGACCGAAUCCGCUUCAUACAGAGCUCGAUCUCUUUCGACUGCCCUGUUGCGCGGGUGAAACUCCGUCGCGGAUGCCAGACAAGUUGCUUUGUGGUCCAUGGACAGAAACGAAGAUAGAGUUCCUUAAGUUACUAUGUACGGAGGUAUACAUCGAUUACGACGAGGAAUUUGAGCGUUCUGGGCGCCUGCUUCGCCAGGUAAUCCGGAGCCGCGAUUACGGUACUUUCAAGGUACUGGUAGAACUCUUCAUUCGGAUCCGGAUCUAUAGGUAUCCCCUGCGCUGGCCUAUACAACGGUCUCAUUUCAAGGUAGCGUUGAAGUACGCGGACUCUUCGAACGAUCCGUUUCUCAACUUUCUGGUUCGGGAGCGUUGGGAUGAUUUGCCUUCGUCUGAUAUAAGGCUCAAGAAUGAGCUGAUAGCGAAAGUAGGACUAUGUUUUCCAGCAUGA